AUGGUUGCGUGCCCAAUCUGCGGGAAGAGUGUCAAAUCGACAGAUAUCAAUCCCCAUAUUGAUUCAUCGUGCGAAAAAUUCAUCGAAACAAAAUCCCCGCCCCUUACCCAGCAGACGCAGAAACCCCCAAUCUCCGUCUCGACUUUCUUCCAAACACCAGCUGCAAAGAGAGCUGCCGGUACUACGCCGAAGUCGGAACCAGGCCCAACGCUGAGCUUUCAGCCAAAACCUCAGAGCAAUGGCAUAAUUACCCCGAGUCAACCGGCGCGGAAGAGAUCUUUUGAGGAUAUCGCCCCUCCCAUCAAAGAUGAGAGAGAGGUGGAUGCUGCAGUCGGACCAGAAGAGGAGCAAAAAGCGAAGAAGGCCAAGACAAAUGCUUUCCAGCAAGCAGCGCCUCUGGCCGAGAGAAUGCGCCCCAGAUCACUUGAUGACAUCUGCGGGCAAGAAUUGGUUGGGCCACAGGGAAUCCUAAGGAGCUUGAUCGAACAGGAUAGAGUGCCGUCGAUGGUUCUAUGGGGAGGUGCUGGAACGGGAAAGACGACAAUCGCACGCUGUAUAGCGUCUAUGGUCGGAAGCCGAUUCGUGGAGAUCAACAGUACAAGUUCAGGUGUGGCUGACUGCAAGAAGAUUUUCGCAGAGGCGAAAGGGGAGUUGGGUUUGACAGGCAGGAAGACUAUCAUUUUUUGCGACGAAAUACAUCGGUUCUCGAAGACACAGCAGGAUGUGUUUCUGGGACCCGUCGAAUCUGGGCAGGUCACCCUAAUUGGAGCCACAACAGAGAAUCCCUCUUUCAAAGUUCAGAAUGCAUUAUUGUCAAGGUGCCGGACAUUUACGCUGGCGAAGUUGACAGACGAUGAUAUAUUUCGGAUACUUGAGCGAGCUCUUACCGUGGAGGGACACAAUUAUACGACAUCAGACCUGGUAGACUCAGAACUCCUCAGAUAUCUUGCUGCAUUCUCAGAUGGAGAUGCUCGGACAGCACUCAAUCUCUUGGAAUUGGCUAUGGGGCUAUCAAGUCGACCAUCGAUCACCAAAGAAGAAAUCAAGUCUUCCUUGACGAAGACUCUGGUAUAUGAUCGAGCUGGGGACCAACAUUAUGAUACGAUUUCUGCAUUUCACAAGUCGGUUCGAGGCAGUGACCCAGACGCUGCGCUUUACUACUUGGCUCGGAUGUUACAAUCAGGGGAGGACCCCUUGUAUGUGGCGCGCAGAAUGGUCGUUAUAGCCUCAGAAGACGUCGGACUGGCUGAUAACAGCAUGUUGAGUCUUGCAACCGGAGCAUACACGGCAGCGGAGAAGAUAGGGAUGCCUGAGUGUAGGAUCAACCUGGCGCACGUCACGGUAGCACUCUGCUUGGCCCCGAAGAGCACAAGAGCCUAUCGUGGCCUGAACAAUGCUUAUGCUGCAUUACGAGAACCCGGCGUUGCCAGUUUACCUGUCCCGAUACACCUGAGGAAUGCUCCGACAAAGCUGAUGAAGGAGCUUGGCUAUGGCGACCAGUACAAGUAUAACCCGAACUACAAGGACGGCAAGGUGGAACAAGAAUACCUUCCCGAACAACUUCAAGGACGUACAUUUUUGGAGGACAGAGAUCUAGGAACCGAAAUCGACCCGGGCGCCUGGUCUUGA